UAUGAUAAAAGGUGAAAAGACGUGGAAGAUGAAGUUUGUAAGAGAGAGGAAGGGUGCAGUAGUGUGCUGGUGGUGGUUAGAGAAAAAAAGAAAGGAAAUAUUCUUCCUCGCCUUUCAUGUUUUCCUUUUGGUGUUUUCUGCUCAUAAUAACAACUUAAACAAAAUUUCUCGUUUUCUUCUCAUUUCUUUUUUCUUCAUCACCAUCCUCGCUAGCUAGCAGCUUCCUGUUUUCUGUUCUCUCUCUCUUUCUGCGUUUGUCUGUGCUUAUAAUGACUACUCACCUCAGGUUGUUCUUCAUCUUCGUCGUCUUCCUCCACCCUUACCCGAAACUCCUUACCCCUCAGAUUUGAUUAUUAUGAUGAAGAUUGCUUUUCAUUAAAGAGAAAAGAAAGACUGUUUCUUAGCUUUUUUUUAGAUAAAAAACACUCCUUUCCAGCCAUGUCUUCCCACCCAGGCUUUGUAUUCUAGCUCUUUCUCAAUAGCAGCAGCAGUAAAGCUUGAAAUAGCUUUUCAUUCUGAUCUCCUGGGGAAAUGAUGUCUGGAGAUGUGUUUUCAAUCCCUUCUUGUCUCAAGCCCAUUAUUCAUCCUCCUCCUCAAGAACCUAACCCUAACCCUAAGCCUAAUCCUCCCUCCAAGAAGAGAAGAAAUCUACCAGAUCCAGAUGCUGAAGUUAUUGCACUAUCUCCGAAGACGUUAAUGGCGACAAACAGAUUUGUUUGCGAAAUCUGCAACAAGGGAUUCCAGAGAGACCAGAACCUGCAACUUCACCGGAGAGGGCACAACCUGCCAUGGAAGCUCAAACAGAGAGCUAAAACGGAGCUGGUGAAGAGGAAAGUGUAUAUUUGCCCGGAAAAGAGCUGCGUCCACCACGACGCUUCCCGGGCUCUCGGCGACCUCACCGGAAUCAAGAAGCAUUUCAGUCGGAAGCAUGGCGAGAAGAAAUGGAAGUGUGAAAAAUGCUCCAAGAAGUACGCCGUUCAGUCCGAUUGGAAGGCCCAUUCUAAAACCUGUGGCACCAGAGAGUAUAAAUGUGACUGUGGAACGCUUUUUUCCAGGUCCAUUCAUUCAUUCUUUGAUUCAUUCUACUCCGUACCUAAACGAAAUUAAUUUUAAGGAUGUUUGUUCUGAAUUUAAUGUUACAGUAGGAAUCUUCAUUAUGAUUACAUUUCUGGUUUGGGUUGCCACCCCAUUUGUGUGUUUGGUGUAAUAAAUGUCCUGAAUUUCUUGUGUUGAUCCAUAUCAGGAAAGAUAGCUUUAUUACCCACAGAGCUUUCUGCGAUGCUUUGGCUGAAGAGAGCGCAAGAAUCACUUCCGUCGCUGCCACUACUUUGAGCUUCAGGAACAAUGAGGCUUUCCUGAAUCAACAUCAUCAGCCCAAUUUGCCUCAUGGGUUCUCUUCCGGUGCCGGAAUUCCCCAGAUUCCGGCAGGAUUCCAGCCGGAUUUCCAGCAGAAGCCGAGGUUGUCUCUGUGGCUAGACCAGGCGGCGGCUAAUAACACCACCGCCACCAAUAAUAAUCAUCCGCACCACCACCACCUCAGCAGCCCAAUUCAUCAAAUGCAAGCUGCGAAUUCGGGUAAUCUGUUCGGUUCAAAUAGCUCCACCGGGCUGCCCGAUAUGUUGCACGGACACAUUGACAGUUCGCCACUCAUCUACGGCCAGUCCUCGCCUUCGAAUUUCGGAACGGCGAGCCUCUCUUUGUCUACUCUCCCACCACAUGACGAUGAGGCGGCAGCGGCAGCGGAAGGAGGAAUGAUGAUUCUAAAUAAGGUUUCGGCCCCAUCGUCGUCCAUGUCCGAAACCUUGAACUCGAUGUACUCCCAUGAGAACCACCCCUCAAUGGCCCCGAUGUCGGCCACCGCUCUCCUACUGAAAGCGGCGCAGAUCGGGUCCACGAAGAGCAACCCGACAUUGUACGGAAACGGGUUCGGGCUCAUGAAUUCGUCAUCGUCAUCCUCAAACAACUUGCGGGGUUUCGCGAAGGACUCGCACAACAACAACUUCAACAGCCCCGGCAAUGACAGCGGAGGCGUUGACCAUUCGUCAUAUUUCGGGCAAAGCCGCCACGGGGCGUCGAUGAACGGGGUCAAUUCGAGUCAUUUAACGAGAGAUUUUUUGGGGAUGGGGAGCGAAGGCGGGCGGCCAUUUUUUGCUGAGGAGCUAGCGAAGUUUGCAUCCUCCAUGGGUUCAGCAAGUGGCAUGGGGUUGAGCCAUUUCGGCAGUGAUGAUGAUGAUCACCACCAUUAAUUCUUAUGGUGAUGUACCAAUUCAGGUAGCUCUUGAGUACGUAUGUAGGCAUCACAACUUUGCUAAGGCAGCUUUCUCAUCAUAUUUAAUUUCUUACUUUUCGGUUUCAUAAAAAACCCCAUCUGUAUGUAAUUAAAAUUGCAAUUUCGUAGUUUUCGUUUCAAGAUUCUUGCUUUUUAGAAUAAAUUUGGUAGAGUCGUACGGAGUAUAUUACUAAGAAAAGUACUUCAUCGGUACAGCAAGCUAAGAUUUAUGACACAAAAGAAUUUGUGAUUUUUUUUUGCUGUACACAAAUAUCUAUCUUUAAAAUAUUCACUUUUCAUGUAUCCCAUUUUUACUAAUGUUUUAAAAAACACCCAUGCUUUG